AUGGCUUCCUUUCGUCUUUCCUCAACUCUUUUCCUUUCCUUUCUCUUCCUCUUCUUCUCUCUCCGCCCCGUUCUCAGUCUUGAGGUGACACCAGGAUCGUCAUGCGCCUCCCUCUGCAUGGACGAGGAAAAUGGAGAUCCCUUCUCGCCUGAUUCGUCCAGAAUCAAGUACAAGGCCUGCCUAGAAUGUCUGCAGAAGAGUCAAAAGACCAACGGCACCGAAAGCGAUAUCUUCUGGCUUAUUCACAACCUCAGAUACGCUCUUGGCACGUGUCUCUACGGUUUCGAGGACCAGAGCAAGGUGAUCAGCUCACCUUGUGUUAUCAACUGGGCUUGUGAGCCUCUCAAGGAUGCAAUUCUUGAUGGACAACUCGAUCCUAAAUCCGAUACUUUCGGAUACUGCACUGCCUCGAACAGCGCAUUCUUUGGCAAGACCUUGAAAUCCUGUGUCGCCUGCCUCAAGUCGAGCGAUGACGAGACCUACUUGGGUAACUUCAUGGUCGCGUUACAAGUAGGCUGCACCCAGAAGCCGGCUGCCGGAGCCAUUCUGGGAAUCAGCGGAUCUCCGUUCACUCGUGCCGCGCUUGAAGUGACGGAUGGCAAGAGCGAUGAGAACGAGGACCCCGGUGCCUCGCCCAACAGCCUCACCACCGGUACCAUCGUCGGUAUCGCCGUUGGUGUUGCGCUAUUUGUGUUCGGAGGGCUCGCCCUCUGGUUCGUGUAUCGUAGGAAGAAGCGAAGUACGUUGAAGGACCAGGACCAGAAUGGAGGGGCAGAAGACCCUAACUCGCGGAGUAGCUCGCGAACUAUGAUCUCCCACGCCCAGCCAUGGGCCGCUCCCGACCACAAGAAGUCGAGUUCCGUGUCGUCGAGCCGAGCCUCUAACUACGCCGAUCCUUACGCCGAAAAGGAUGAGGGUGCCAGAAAUAAGCGAACGAUAAACAACAACCACCACACUCAGCAGUACUCUCAGUACUCCCACAACUAUAAUCACAGCCGGUCGUUUAGUGGCCACAGUUCUUCAAUCCCGACGCAUCCCGCCUAUAAUCCCAUGUCCCGCGAUGGACGCUCCUCCGCCACCCCUUCCCCGCAACCGAAUCGAAACCACCCCGGUGCCUAUAAUCUUAAUACCUCCUCGAACCACCCCCUCCGAAACCAAGUUCAGAACUUUUCACGAACGCACUCACGAGAACCGUCGGCCGACUCCAGGGCCUCGACCCCCCAACCGACUCACCCAACCGAACAAGCCGCUGCUACCCUUCCCGAAGGCUUUACCAUGCCUCCCCCACCCCCUCGCGCCGCACAGGUGCCUUCCAUAGCAAUUCCAUCUCUGGGACGCGCUCGCGGUCCUAAGAAGUAUACCCCUCCUACCCUGACUCUCGAGCCUGCCACCCCUGACGAGGCGUCAUCAUCCUCGCAGCCAAGGUAUCUCAAGGUGGACGCAUCUCUUGAUACGAGAGACGCAGCCUAA